UGUUUUACAGAUGGGGAAACGGAGCCACACCGAGGUGAAGUGAUUUGUCCAGGGUCAAACAGCUCAUCCGUGUCUGGGGCUAGAUUUGAACUCAGAUCUUGCUGACAUUGGGUUACCUCGGGGUUCCGUCCGUACUGAACCGUGUCUCAUCACACAGUUUCUCACUGGUGUCUUGAGGGACACCAUGGCAAGCUCAUUCAAUUGGCAGAGGACAGACGGAAGGGGAUGUGCCAAGGGGGGGAGCACGGAACCAGCCUCCCCAGACCUUCAGCAAACAGAACUAGGGAGCCGGCUCUUGUAAGAGGAAGUGAAGAUCGAUAAAGGGAAUGUAUGCCCUUGUAUUAAGGGGUGUCUAAAAAAUAGGGGUGUCUGUUUACCGCAGGAUGCAUUCAUAGGAUGAUGCAGCUACAGGAAAGCUUUGUAGUAGGUAAUGAAACUUGGUGAAUUAUAGUGGUGGAAAUUUUAUAAAAGUUACACCAGGAAGCAAGUCAAAAGGAGAGACUGAAUCUUGAGCCCCAUCCCCCAACUUCCUGUUCCUUCCCUAAUUGCCUGGAUGAAGAAUCUUCUCCCAGGUGGGAAGGUUGGAAUAUGUUCCCCAUCAUAGUCCAAUCCCACAACCAGUCCUUUAACUAAAGGGUCUUUUGUUCUUUGGGGGCAGGGGAUAGGAAGAGAUGGGGGGGUGGAAUUUAGGGUCUCCCUAAUUUCUAAGUCAUCUUGUUGAUUGAAGAUUUAAAAUAUAGUCGGUUCUGAUGGGCAGAUGUCAACAGCACUGCUGACAAGUCUUUUGGGCUAAACCAAAUUUCUCUUCAGCUCACAGUCUGUAGAAGGUAGUGGCUAGAGGAGGCGAAGGGGUCUGUCUUCCACCUUCAGCCAAGCAGGAAUAAGUCUCAGGCAGCUGAAGCUUCUUCACUGGUUUUCCCCAAGGUUCCGUUGGAACUGUCCCCCCUCCUUAGUUGAUUGGCGUUCCAAACAGUUCUGAGCUCCUUUUCUUUUUGCAGACGCAUCCCAAGUCAUUGUUUAUUUACAGCUUCCUGGGGCCAAAUAAGAGGGGGGCGUCCAUUCAUUUUUAACAAAAUUCUGUAGGUUCAGUUUUGUCCCCCCCAUUUCCCAGAGCCACUCCCUCCCUCUCCUUGGCCAGGGCCGGCCUCCCUGGAGUACGAAAGACCAAAGAAUGGGCCUGUUUCUCCGUCUGACCCCUCUAAGGACGAGCCUGGGAGCAGGCUCUGACCCCAGAGGCCUCGACCUCCCUUUGCCACAUGAGGAUCUCCAGCUCUCUCCUCUUCCUUCUCCAGGCGCUGCCCAUGCAACCACCACCCCGUUUGGCCCCUCGGCCCACCACAGCAGCUUCCUGCCCACCAGCCACCUGACGGACCCCUUCAGCCGCUCCAACACCUUCAGUGGCCUUGGCAACCUGGGGAGCAACGCCUUUGGAGGCCUGGGCAGCCAUGCACUGGCUCACAACAGCAUCUUCGCUCACAAGGAAGCCACGACGCUGCAGAGCUUUAGCAACCCCCACGAGCCCUGGAACCGUCUCCACCGCACCCCGCCCUCCUUCCCGACCCCUCCGCAGUGGCCCAAGCCCGGGGACCCGGAGCGGAGCUCGGCCCUGAGCAACCACGACCGGGACCCCGAGAAGGGCAAAGAGGAGCGAGAGCGGGAUAUCCUGGACAAAAGCCGCCAUUCUAACCGGUCCUCCCCAGCCUCCGCCCCGGUGACCCAUCAGAUCAGCAACCUCAUCCGUAGCAACAGCCAGACCUCCAUGGAGCCCUCCCGGCCUGCGGCGGGCCUGGGCGAGAGGGAGCCGCCCGACCGGCUCCGGGAUGCCCCGCUGCCCGAGCACAAGGUCAAGGAGAGCCGCUCUCCCGUAAAGGAGGCCGCGAGCCUGGAGAAGCGGCCCCCGGAGGACGCCGGGAAGCCCGUCAUCCAGUCCGUGUCCCCCUACAGCAAGUCGGGCCUCAGCGAGAGCCUCAAGCUCAGCGGUCUGGUGGCCGCCAAAGAGCUGGAGCGGAACGCCGAGCCGCUCAAGAACGACGUGAAGGUGAAGGAGGAGCGCAAGGAGGACAGCGACGUGCUGGUGGUGGGGUCCGAGCCCUCCCGGGAGCCUCCGGCCGCUCCUGCCCUGCACGGGCUGCCCCUCCCCCACUCGAUGGCGGCCGCCUCCGUGCCGCUGGCCAUGGGCGGGGUGCACCCCCUCGGCGGCGUGAACGUGCUGGACCGCUCCCGGGUCAUGACCCCCCUCAUGGGCAUGAGCCCCCUGACGGGGAGGGAGAGGCUCCCGCACCCCGGCUUCUCGUGGGAGCCGCUCCGCGACCCACUGCGGGACCCCUACCGCAGCCUGGAUCUGCACCGCCGCAUGGACCUCCAGCUGCGCUCAGACCCCCUGGCGCACCGCCUCCCCGUGGCGGGCUCGGGCUUCUACGACCACGAGCGCCCCUACCGGGACCGGGAGCCCCACGACUACACCCCCGAGAGCCUGCUGGAGGCCCGGCGGGAGCAGCAGGAGCGCGAGCGCCUCCAGCUGAGGGAGGAGCUGGAGAGGGCCCGGGCGCACCACCUGCACCCGCCGCCCAUCGACAGCCACCUGGCCCACGUGCCGCCCUUCAUGCCUCACCUGAGCGGGGUGCACUACCCCAGACUGAGCCCCUCCGCCGCCACCGCCCUGCACAACGGGAUCCUGGCCAGGACCCCGCCCACCGCGGCGCUGAGCGCCCCGCCCCCCCUGGUGCCGGCAGGGGGCGCCCGGCCCGCCUCCCCCCGCAGGACUACGCCCCUCACAAACUCGGAGGCCAGGGACUACUCCCCGUCCCGGAACCCCAAAGAAGUGGAGGCCCGGUAGUCCCCUCCGCCCCGCUCUGUACAGAACCAGAAUCUUUUACAAAAUGCACUGCUGUAAACUUUUUUAAUGUAAAUUUGUAGACCUGAAGCACAGUUCCAUAAAUCCUAGGGUCACCCCCAGCUCGCGUGGGGGGCCGGGGCAGACCCUGCGGCGCCCCAGAGGGGCCGCAGCGCUGCUCUGGCCCUGUGGCUCCCCGAGACGCGGCGUCAAUGCCUUUGUCGUUUUGUGUUCAUUCUGUGCUCUUGCCUCGCUCGCUCGCCGGGGACAGAGGCUGGCUUCGGGGUUCUUAGCUGGAUCGGCCCUUCGCCGUCGCUCUUACUUACUGAGAUGAUUCCCAGGGUUUGUUUCUUAAAGUCUUAUUUAUGGAGAAAACUGUUAUUUCCUAACAGCGCACUGUGAGGCUCCCAGAGACCGCCGCCGGUCCUUCCCUCCCCUUGGUACUUUGGAACCCAAGUUACAGAUAUAUAUUAAAAUAAUUAUUAAUAAUAAUAAUGUACAAAACUGUUUGUUUUUUGCCUUAUUAUAUUAUGCAGAAAUUUAAGAGGGAUUUUUUGACUUGUUUAAAAAAAAAACCAAGGAAACAAUUGUAAAUAUCCUAUUAAUAUAAAUGUAAGACAUUAAAUUCUUAACAUAAGUAGACUUUAUAAAACAAAAAUGGUUUCUAGAACCACUUUGGUUAUUCGUUGAACCCGGUUUCAAAACUCCUGCUAUCCCCGGGGAACAGUCUAGAGAGGAAGGAGGCCUCCAAGACCUGAAUAUUCAGGUUGGCUCUGGUGGCCCGACAGGAGGGGGCAGUUUCUUCAGGCCAGACACCAUCCCGGAGUGCCCAGAGUCACUCAGAGCUUUGGAGAGAGGUCAGGAAAGGGGUACGAUCAUGGGGGGAGGACGGGUGCCCUCCGGGAGUGUAGACACGGCCAGGAGGGACUGGCGGUCUCCGGGACUAGCAGAAACAAUUUUCUGUGGACCUUUGUGCUCAUUGUGCAGUGUUCUUACUGGAAUCGGUAAACAAAACAAGUAGAAUUUUAGGAGUGCAAAAAAAAUAAAAGUCUACUGGUUGGUUUUUAUUUUAUUUUUUAUUUUUAAAGGCAGAAGAAAUUCUGAUAUAUUCUCUGUAGUACAUGAAGCCCAUCAGCCAACGUUUGUUUCUGUGUGGUUCUUUGGCCUUGACCUCUGUGGCAUGACAUGGUUUUGGUUUCCAGUUUUACUUUUGUGCAUAUAUAUAUAUAAAUAUACAAACACAUAUAUAUAUGUCACCAUGCCUUCCCCGCUGUACGCCCUCCUUAUGUGUUUAUUUUCCAGCGCCCACGUUUUGGAGAGACCGAGCUCUGUCCCGGGUGCUUUGCCCUCGUUAAUUCUGCCAUCCACUGCUGUUUCUUUCCUCAACGCUGUAUUCUCCAUCCCCAUCCUUCCCUCCACGCCCCCCUGUAAUUUUAAACUUUCCGUUUCCUUGUAGAUCAAUGAAGAUAAAUACAACAUUGAUUUUGGAUGAAAA